AUGCACUUAAGUGUUCGACGAUGGACGCUAUUCACCAAAAUAAGGCUUCAGGAGCAUCAACUUGUUUACACCUCGAUCCAGGUGCUUCUCUCAAUCAUCGUCGUCGGGCAACUGCGAACUCUGCCGGCUGCUGUUCAACGCGGCCAGCAGCAUCGAGAGCGCGGUCGCACAAGCGGCCAGUGCCGCCUCAUCCGCCACCGCCUUCAGUGCGGAUACCACCACUGCAGUUAUCCCAGAGUCCUCGUGACAAAAAACCAGAGAAGAUUAAUGCCGUUCCGAAAGAAAAAAAGAAAAAACGGCGUCGCAAUUCAUCGGUAUCUCGACAACAUCGUGUCCCUCGCCUAUGUCGCAUGCCUAAUGUCA